CACCUGUUUGUGUCCUCUUUCUUCUCAAACUCUAUAUCCUUUUAAAUAUCUCUUUCCUUCUUGACUUCUCUCUCUCUCUCUCUUGAUUAAUAGAUUCCAAUUUCGUUCCUUCCUCCCUCCAUUUGCCUUCUCUUUGAUCUCCUUAUCUUCAAACUUAAUCUUUGAGGUUGUGAUGCAGAUCACGAAACCAUGGUUUUGAUUCUUCAAUAGAUCUAUUCCUUCGUUGCUCAGAUUUUUUUCUUUUUUUUUGUACAUUGACUCGGAAGUCUAAGAGGGUCAUGUUCUGUCUGAAAAAUUUGAAAUUUUCUUCUGUCUUGUCCGUAUAGAUCAUACCUCAAAAUCCAAAGUUUAUGUUUUUAUUCCCCUGUUGGUUCUGAUUGUUUUCUCUAUUUGAAAUGUAAAUUUAAGGCCUUUGAAUCUGUUUGAGAAUUUAAAAAUCUUGAUCUCCAUGGAUCAAAGCUAAGAGCUUUAGAGUUAAAGUUUCUGCAAAAAGAAAAAAAAAAUGGCUACUUUAACUGAGCCAUCAUCAUCUUUAAGCUUCACCUCUUCUCAUUUCUCUAAUGUCUCUAUUGGGUCUAAUCAUUUCUCCCCAAGCUCAGCUUCUAACCUCGAAGUUGUUAGUCUAAGCAAACUCAGCUCCAAUCUUGAGCAGCUUCUAAGUAAUCCAGAUUGUGAUUACACAGAUGCAGAGAUCAUUGUUGAUGGUGUUCCUGUUGGUGUUCAUAGAUGCAUUUUAGCUGCAAGAAGCAAAUUUUUCCAGGAACUGUUCAAGAAAGAUAAGAAGAGUUCUAAAGUUGAGAAACCAAAGUACCAUUUGAAAGAGGUAUUGCCUUAUGGAGCUGUUGGGUAUGAAGCUUUUGUUUAUUUCCUGAGUUAUAUCUACACUGGGAGGCUAAAACCAUUUCCUUUGGAGGUUUCGACUUGUGUUGACUCUGUUUGUGCUCAUGAUUCUUGUCGACCUGCUAUUGAUUUCGUUGUUGAGUUGAUGUAUGCUUCUUCUAUUCUCCAAGUGCCUGAGCUUGUUUCAUCUUUUCAGCGGAGGCUUUGUAACUUUGUGGAGAAGUCUCUUGUUGAGAAUGUUCUUCCCAUUCUUUUAGUUGCUUUCAACUGUAAGUUGACUCAGCUUCUUGAUCAAUGUAUUGAGAGAGUGGCGAGGUCAGAUCUCUACAGGUUCUGUAUUGAAAAGGAGGUUCCUCUAGAAGUAGCAGAGAAGAUCAAACAGAUACGUCUCAAGUCUCCACAAGAAGAAGAAGAUAACAGUCUCAAGGUCUCAGAUAAAAUGCUCGAAAAGAUCGGUAAAAUCCUCAAGGCGUUGGAUUCAGAUGAUGUUGAGCUAGUGAAGCUUCUUUUGACUGAGUCAGAUAUCACUCUAGAUGAAGCCAAUGGUCUGCAUUACUCCGUGGUGUAUAGUGAUCCUAAAGUUGUUGCUGAGAUUCUCACUCUUGAGAUGGGUGAUGUGAACCACAGAAACUCACGUGGCUACACGGUUCUUCAUUUUGCUGCUAUGCGUAAGGAGCCUUCCAUCAUCAUAUCUCUUCUCAAGAAAGGUGCCAAUGCGUCUAGUUUCACGUGUGAUGGGCGCAGUGCGGUUAAUAUAUGUAGAAGAUUGACAACUCCAAAGGACUAUCAUACGAAAACAGCGAAAGGGAGGGAAUCUAGUAAAGCACGGUUAUGUAUUGAUCUCUUGGAAAGAGAAGUUAGGAGGAACCCUAUGGUUGCUGAUACACCAAUGUGUUCCCUUUCUAUGCCUGAAGAUCUCCAAAUGAGACUGUUAUACUUAGAAAAGAGAGUGGGGCUUGCUCAGUUGUUCUUUCCAACAGAAGCUAAAGUGGCUAUGGACAUUGCUAACGUAGAAGGUACAAGCGAGUUCACUGGUCUUCCACCACCUUCAAAUGGGUUAACUGGAAACUUGAGUCAGGUUGAUUUAAACGAAACUCCUCAUAUGCAAACCAAAAGACUUCUUACUCGCAUGGAGGCUCUUAUGAAAACAGUUGAAACUGGUCGUAGGUACUUUCCAUAUGGCUCAGCGGUUCUAGAUAAGUACAUGGAGGAGUACAUAGAUGACGAUCUUCUCAAUGAUCUAAAGAUUGAGAAGGGAUCUCCACAGGAGAGAAGACUAAAAAGAAUGAGAUAUAGAGAGCUUAAAGACGAUGUCCAGAAGGCGUAUAGCAAAGACAAAGAGGCUAAGAUUGCGCGGUCUUGUCUUUCUGCUUCAUCAUCGCCUUCUUCUUCGUCCUCUCUAAGAGAUGGCCUUGAAGAACUCAACAUGAAACAGUAG